CUCCCGCAAUCUUUAUUCUUCCCCCUUCCUAUCUACCCCGUCCUUUUCUCCCCCUUCAGCAGGCCUUCCCCAUACUGCCCAUAUCCGGUUGAAAAUUCUCCUGAGCGCGACUUAGACGGCUGGACUACGACAAUAUGGGGCACACAGACGACGCCAAUGGCGCGCCCACGUAUUGGGGCACGUCCGGAAAGAAGUUGCAGCAUCUGAUCACGGCGGUAGCGACGACGGACUUCUUGUUGUUCGGCUACGAUCAAGGUGUUAUGUCCGGCAUCAUCUCCGCCCCGGCCUUCGUUUCAGAUUUCCCCGAGGUCGACGGUGACAGCACGUAUGAAGGCUUCGUAGUCUCUAUAUACGCCGUAGGCUGCUUCCUCGGAGCCAGCUUUAUCCUCUCUUUCGGCGACCAUCUCGGUCGCCGCCGGUCUAUCUUCCUUGGUGCUACUAUCAUGAUUAUCGGUGUCAUCAUCCAGAUCUGUUCUCAGCCGACCGGUGCAGGUGGAGGUCCGACAGCGCAGUUUAUCAUAGGACGUUGUAUAACGGGAAUAGGAAACGGUAUCAAUACGUCGACGGUGCCAACUUAUCAAGCAGAAUGCAGUCAUUCACACAAUCGCGGUAAACUCAUCUGCAUCGAAGGCGGCAACGUUGCUAUCGGAACUUUGAUCGCGUACUGGAUCGACUAUGGGUGCACGUACGGCCCGCACGCUUUCGUCUGGCGUUUCCCGAUCGCUUUCCAGUGCGUCUUUGCUCUCGUCGUCCUCGGUCUCAUGACUCAGCUGCCCGAAUCUCCUCGUUGGCUAUUGAGCAAGGACCGCAACGAGGAGGCGUCUACGGUACUGGCAGCUCUUAACGGAACGCGCCGCGACGAUCCCACCGUCCAGACCCAGCAGGCUGUUAUCGUUGACGCUAUCCGCGCGUCUGGUCACAAGGGCGGUGUGACGUCCAUGUCGGACCUGUUUACCAACGGCCCUACGCAGCACUUCCGCCGUCUGUUGCUGGGUGCCUCGUCUCAGACGAUGCAGCAGCUGAGUGGUUGCAACGCCGUUAUCUACUACUUCCCCAUUCUAUUCCAGACUUCGAUCGGCACCUCGCACAACUUGGCUCUGCUGUUGGGAGGCGUGAACAUGGUUGUGUAUUCCAUCUUCGCUACGACCUCGUGGUUUGCCGUUGAGCGGAUCGGGCGCAGAAAGCUGUACCUCAUCGGCACCGUUGGACAGUGCUUGUCUAUGGUUCUUACUUUCGGUGCUUUGAUUCCCGGAACUGAGGAGGCGGCCAAAGGUGCUGCUGUUGGUCUUUUCACUUACAUCGCCUUCUUCGGCGCGACCUGGCUGCCGCUACCGUGGCUGUACCCGGCCGAGAUCAACCCGCUCAAGACGCGAGCCAAGGCCAACGCUACUUCGACCGUGUCCAACUGGCUGUGGAACUUCUUCAUCGUCAUGAUCACGCCCGUGCUACUGGCCAACACCGGGAAGAGCGGCUGGGGAACGUACCUGUUUUUCGCUAUCCUUAAUGCCAUGUUCUUCCCCGUCAUCUACUUCCUCUAUCCCGAAACCGCGGGCCGUACUCUGGAAGAAAUCGACGUCAUCUUCGCAAAGGGCCACUCCGAGAAGAUAAGCUACGUUAAGGCCGCUCAGGAGCUGCCCCGUCUUACCGAUGCCGAAGUCCGGGAGAAGGCUCGCGAAUACGGUUUCUCGGACGAGGAGGCUACGGUUGACACGCUCGAGAAAGCCGAGGUCUUCAUGUCGACGCCGCCUUCUACUGAUUAAGGGGGUUUUUACGUGGCGGUACGAUUGCGAGAGACAAAGAUGUGAUGGAUUAAUGAUCGUCAUUUUUUAUAUCGGUUACGUUGGUUACGCUCAACUUUCUUAGGGGUUGGGCUU